AUGGAUCUUCCUGCGAAAGAUGUGGAGCUUCUACCAGAAAAUGAGAAAAUUCAAGAUGAGAAAGAGAGAGGACCCACAUUUCAUUGUGAGCUCUAUGACACAGAAAUGGUUCGCAAGAUAGCUCAAGUUUUCCUCCCAGGAUUAUCCUCAGCUUGUGUCGAUAACACAACUGGGGAUAUGUUUAGGUCCCCUGGUUCGGUAGCUGUCGAUAUUAGGAAAGAAAUGAUUGAUUAUCUGACCCAGAGAAGUGAAAGUUUUGUUGCAGAAUCAGUUGUACUAGAAGGUGGUCCAGAUGCAGAGGUAUCCGACCAUCCCUUUGAUAUAAUUUCUGAUAUGGUUGAUGACUUUGCGAGUUUGAAAAGGAAUUUGUUUGGUCGGGUUUCAGGUUGGUUACUAAGUGAAAAGAGAGAAGAUAAGAUAGAUGAUUUCGUGCAAGAGAUGGAAAUAAAUGGGUUUUGGUUGUUGGACAGGAGAGAAACAAUUGCACAGAUUUUGGUUAAGAAUGUUGACUUCAAGAACAUUUUUCAUUGUGACAAGAAGUUCAACACUGCUGAAGAGCUGGCUGAGCAUGUUCGCAACUGUGGCUUUAGGACCAUGAACUGCACAAACGAGGGGUGUACCACUGUAUUUUGUGCAAGCCAUCUUGAGAAGCAUGAUUCAACUUGUCCUUUCAAAAUAAUCCCAUGUGAGCAGCAGUGCUCAGAAAACAUCAUGAGACGUGAAAUGGACCGACACUGCAUAACUGUCUGUCCUAUGAAGAUAGUGAACUGUCCUUUCUAUGCUGUGGGUUGUCAAUCCACUGUGCCUCAUUCUGUCCUUCAGCAACACCGUUCCGACAAUCUCCGUUCACAUUUGCUGUAUACUCUUAAAAGUAUCCACAAGGGAGCAUCAGAGGAGGAUCUGAAGAAACGUGUUGACCAAAUAGUGGAGUUAUCUUCUGGUCAACUAGCAGACGCUAGAGAUGUAAGAUCUCUAACCCUCAAAGUCAAGGAUCUUGAAGCAAAGCCUGGGCCAUUGGAAGUUAUAGCUGCUGAAAAGGUUAGUGAAGAAUCCAACAAGGCUGGAGAGAACAGUAGGGAAGAUUCCAUUGAGGCUGUAAAAAAGGGUGGUGAAGAAUCGACUGAGGUGGCGAAAAUUGGUAGUGAGAAAUCCACUGAAGAAUCGACUGCGGUAGACAAAACUGGUAGUGAAAAAUCCACUGAGAACAUAAAUAAGGUUGGUGAAGAAUUUUCGAGCAUUCGAAUUUAA